CCCUCACGAUUUCUCUCAUCUACCGUCUUCUCAGCGUCUCUUCUCCUCUGUAUCUUCCUUGAUUUGUUUCUGUGACAUUAGUUUUUGAUCCCCGUCCACAUUUUCACCAUUGCACCCACAAUUGCUUCCACCCUGCGCACCCGCCAGACCACAUCCUUGUCGCCCUCGAACUCGAUAAGCGUCAGGAUGGCUCAACCUUCGUCUUCCCAUCGUGAUCGCGAGCACGACUCGACCCAUCGCUCCUCGAGGUCGACUCAUCACCACCAUAGAACGAUCUCAUCCACCACCCUUCUCCUCGUCCUCUCCCUCAUCCUCGCCGUCCUCGCCGUCAUGCUCUCCCUUCCCAGCCAAACUGCCCCCGGUGCUAACCCAUCCGACCCUCUCGCAAGCCAAGGUGUUCUCAGUCUUCUGAGCCCCAAACGCUCCCAGGCUCUCAUCACCCGCGAGAGGGACGUCGCUCUUCGCGAAGCAGAGGUCGCUCGCCGUGAGGCAGAACUGCUCGCCGGUGCUCCCGGAGGUGUCAUCCCUCCCGCCCCUCCUCCCUGCCCUGCAUGCCCUGUCAUUGCCCAGGCUACCUAUGAGCCCAUGCCGAUCCAGACGGUGGUCAAGGAGGUCGUCAAAGAGGAAGGCGCUAUGACGCCUCCGGGAUGGUGGAAAGAGAGCAACACUCGCUUCGAGGAUAUCCUUGCUCGUGAGCUCAAGAUCGCCGAGCGCGAGCGCGAGAUCAGUCGUCGUGAGGAGACUGUCAACCGCAGGGAGCAUGAUGCUUCUCGCCGUGAAGCGUGGAUCAUGGAGCGACUUGCUGCUCUUGGCAACGAAGCAGAGGUCGAAGAAGAGUACAUCUACGAACAACCCGCAAGCCCGAAGCGCAGAGUCGUCCCCAACAAGGUACCGCCACCCCUCCAACGCCGUUCCGAGCUCUGAGACGAAGGAGGUUUCCGACCACACGACACAUUCAUAUACACUUUCUUGAUCUCUACCUCUCUAUCUCACUUCAAGUUUCAGAAAUCCCUCUUCCGCCCAUCGUCUUGACCGAAACCGCCGUCCAAGUCCGCACCGUAACCCAGACCCAGACCCACAUCCAAAUAGAAACCCCCGUUCCUCCCGUUUCCACCGUCGCUCCUCCUCCAGCCAACACACGCCGUGCCGCCUCUCCCACACCCUCUCCGUACACCACGUCCUCCACCUCUACUCUCCCUCGUACCACUUCUAUUGAAGUGCUCGUGGAGACACAAGAGGAAGUCGUCGAGGAAGUGCCGGUCACAGUCGAAGAUGACGUCUUCGAGGAGGAAUACGUGGAGGAGCCCAGGCGGAGGAGAGUCAGGAAGGCUCCCCCUCCCCCUGCUCCCCCUGCGGCGUACAGACCCGGUGCCGCCAUGGAACGUGGCUGGUGGCCUGGUGAAUGGUAAAGAUGCGGCUCGGAUGGUUCGAUGGAAGUUGAUGACGACUAGGGUGUAGGCGCCGGGGUUGUAUUUCUCGCUCUUCUUUCCUCCUGUUCUGCUUUAUCUAUUCACCGACGACCAAAUUUGUUCCCCUUCCGACCUAUAUUUUUUUCCCUGUUACGGUUCUGUGCAUCUCUCCCCCAUUCCCCUUUUUUGUAUGCCGCCUAUUUCGGAGCGGUCAUCCCUCGUUGCCACAAGUUUGAGCCAGCGAGCGAGUUUCGGGUAUGUAAACUUUUGCGUUUUUUCUUCUUUGUUUGUUUGAUGGACUCUCUCCGUUCUUUGGCUCCUUUACUCCCCCUUGUGCAGUACUCUGUUUUAUUAUAUCGUCUUGUAUCCUGCGACACCGAUCUCCCACUACUUUCUUAACCC